UUUCCCCCUCCCUUCCUCCCUCCCUUCCUUCCUCUUGUGCAAAACACACCGGUUCCGCGUAGCAGAGCCAGCCCAGGCUCCUGGGGCUGAGGAGGAAGGGAAAGGAAGGCAGGGAAGGCCCGGCCAGGAAUUCUGAGGUGGAGUUGUGGCAUUAGAGGAAAAGUGCGGCCAUGGGAAACCAGCUGGCUGGUAUUGCCCCUUCUCAGAUCCUUUCGGUUGACAGCUAUUUCUCAGACAUCCAUGAUUUUGAAUAUGACAAAAGCUUGGGUAGUACACGUUUUUUUAAAGUUGCCCGAGCCAAGCAUCGAGAAGGCCUGGUGGUUGUCAAAGUGUUUGCCAUUCAAGACCCAACAUUGCCCUUAACUAGCUAUAAGCAGGAGCUGGAAGAACUGAAAAUAAGGCUGCACUCUGCACAAAACUGUCUACCCUUUCAGAAGGCCACACUGUCUGAAAAAGCAGCCAUGCUGUUCAGGCAGUAUGUUCGAGACAACCUCUAUGACCGUAUUAGUACUCGGCCCUUCCUAAAUAACAUUGAGAAGAGGUGGAUAGCCUUCCAGAUCUUAACUGCAGUGGACCAGGCACACAGAUCUGGGGUCCGUCAUGGGGAUAUCAAAACCGAGAACGUCAUGGUGACCAGCUGGAACUGGGUUCUUCUAACGGAUUUUGCAAGUUUUAAACCAACCUACCUCCCAGAGGACAACCCUGCAGAUUUCAAUUAUUUUUUUGAUACAUCACGAAGGAGGACGUGUUAUAUUGCACCAGAGCGCUUUGUUGAUGGCAGCAUGUUUGCCACUGAACUGGAGAAUAUGAGAGAUCCAUCCACUCCCCUAGUGGACCUGGCCAACAGUAACCAGCGAAGCAGGGGGGAAUUGAAACGGGCAAUGGAUAUCUUUUCUGCAGGCUGCGUGGUAGCUGAGCUCUUUACAGAAGGUGUUCCUUUAUUUGACUUAUCACAGCUUUUGGCAUACAGAAAUGGCCUCUUUGCACCUGAUCAAGUCCUCAAUAAAAUUGAAGACCGAAGUAUAAGAGAACUGGUUAUGCAAAUGAUCCAGUGUGAUCCAGAAAAACGUUUAGCAGCUGAAGACUACUUGAAACAGCAACGUAACAAUGCCUUUCCUGAAAUAUUUUACACUUUUCUCCAGCCUUACAUGGCACAGUUUGCCAAGGAAACGUUUGUGUCUGCAGAUGAGCGCAUCCUUGUUAUACGUAAAGAUCUGGACAAUAUUAUUCAUAACCUUUGUGGCCAUGACCAAACAGAAAAGGCCGAGGGAGAAACAAAGGAAAACGGACUGGUCAUUUUGGUGUCAGUGAUAACUUCCUGUCUCCAAACCCUCAAGUACUGUGAUUCUAAACUGGCUGCUUUGGAGUUGAUUCUCCAGCUAGCACCCAGGUUAAGUGUGGAAAUCCUGCUGGAUCGGAUCACACCCUACCUGCUACAUUUCAGCAAUGAUACUGUGCCCAGAGUGAGGGCUGAAGCUGUUAGGACACUUACUAAAGUUCUUGCUCUUGUCAAAGAGGUACCACGUAAUGAUAUCAAUAUCUACCCAGAGUACAUCUUGCCAGGUAUUGCACACUUGGCCCAAGAUGAAGCUACGAUAGUCCGGCUGGCUUAUGCGGAGAACAUAGCACUGUUGGCUGAAACUGCUCUGAGAUUCUUGGAACUAGUCCAGCUGAAAAAUCUGAACAUGGAAAAUGAACCAAACAGUGAGGAAACUGAUGAUGCAACACAUCCUAGUGAAAAUUAUGACACUGAGCUUCAAGCCUUGCAUGAAAUGGUCCAGCAGAAAGUUGUCACAUUGCUGAGUGAUCCAGAAAACAUUGUGAAGCAGACCUUGAUGGAAAAUGGAAUCACUCGCUUGUGUGUCUUUUUUGGACGUCAGAAAGCCAACGAUGUUCUCCUAUCCCACAUGAUCACCUUCCUUAAUGAUAAGAAUGAUUGGCAUCUACGAGGAGCUUUUUUUGACAGUAUAGUGGGUGUUGCUGCUUAUGUUGGCUGGCAAAGCUCUUCAAUCUUGAAGCCUCUGCUUCAGCAAGGUCUUAGUGAUGCUGAGGAAUUUGUCAUCUAUAAAGCCCUCAAUGCCCUUACUUGUAUGUGCCAAUUAGGACUUCUGCAGAAACCACAUAUAUAUGAAUUUGCCUGUGAUAUUGCACCAUUUCUCUGCCAUCCUAACCUCUGGAUAUGCUAUGGAGCAGUAGGAUUUAUAACUGUUGUAGCACAGCAUUUGAACAUUGCUGAUGUUUAUUGCAAACUUAUGCCUUACCUGCAUCCUUUUAUCACUCAGCCAAUAAUACAGAUAGAUAAAGAAAUAGUCCUAUUGAGUGUCCUCAAAGACCCUGUAAGCCGAUCGAUAUUUGAUUAUGCUCUACGAUCGAAGGACAUAGGAAGUCUUUUCAGAACACUUCAGCUUCGUCAGAAGAAAAGGAAUGGGACUCUUCCUGAUUGCCCACCCCCUGAAGAUCCAGCAAUUGCACAGCUACUAAAGAAGCUGCUUUCCCAAGGGAUGACAGAAGAAGAAGAAGAUAAACUGCUAGCCUUAAGAGACUUCAUGCUGAAAUCCAACAAAGCCAAAGCUAAUAUUGUAGACCAGAGCCAUCUUCAUGAUAGCACCCAGAAAGGAGUGAUUGAUUUGGCAGCUUUGGGUAUAAUUGGGAGACAAGUUGAUCUUAUCAAAACUAAACAAGAAUCUGAUGACAAGCGUGCUAGGAAGCAUGUCAAACAAGAUUCAAAUGUGAAUGAAGAAUGGAAGAGUAUGUUUGGCUCCUUGGAACCUUCUAAUAUCCCUCAGCCAAUCAGCAAAGGGCACAGUCAGGCCACGGAUCAGGAAGCCAUUCAGACAGGAAAACCUCUUCGAUCUGAGUCUUCAGCUGGCAUCUCGGCUCCUUUGUCAUCAUCCCCACAGGCAGCAGAUGGAAUAGUUGUCCAAGCCAGGAAGCCAACCAUACAGGUCUUAAGCAGUAUAGCGUCACCCUCUACCUAUCAGCUACGCAUCACUACUUGUAAGACAGAACUUCAGCAGCUGAUCCAGCAGAAGCGCGAACAGUGCAAUGCAGAAAGAAUCGCUAAGCAGAUGAUGGAGAAUGCAGAAUGGGAGAGCAAGCCCCCACCUACAGGAUGGCAUCCUAAAGGACUUCUUGUUGCUCACCUUCAUGAACAUAAGUCUGCAGUGAACCGUAUUAGAGUCUCUGAUGAGCACUCGAUUUUUGCGACGUGCUCAAAUGAUGGAACAGUGAAAAUCUGGAACAGUCAGAAAAUGGAGGGCAAAACUACUACCACCAGAUCAAUUUUGACCUAUUCUCGGAUUGGAGGCCGUGUGACAACUCUUACUUUUUGCCAGGGUUCUCACUACUUGGCUGUAGCCUCAGAUAAUGGAGCCAUCCAGCUUCUUGGAAUCGAAGCCUCAAAACUUCCCAAGUCUCCCAAGAUUCACCCAAUUCAAAACAGGUGUUUGGAUCAAAAGGACGAUGGCUGUGUGGUUGACAUGCAUCAUUUUAAUUCAGGAGCCCAGUCGGUAUUGGCAUAUGCCACUGUGAAUGGUUCUUUAGUGGGAUGGGACCUGAGAUCCUCUAAUAAUGCUUGGACCUUAAAGCAUGAUUUACGGUUGGGACUUAUAACCUCAUUUGCUGUUGACAUACAUCAGUGCUGGCUCUGCAUUGGUACAAGCAGUGGAACUAUGGCAUGUUGGGACAUGAGGUUCCAGUUACCCAUUUCCAACCACCCCCAUCCUUCAAGGGCACGAAUAAGACGGUUACUGAUGCAUCCCCUUUCCCAGUCAUGGGUGAUUGCAGCUGUCCAAGGCAAUAAUGAAGUCUCCAUGUGGGACAUGGAAACAGGCGACAGACGCUUCACUCUGUGGGCCAGCAGCGCUCCUCCUCUUUCAGAAAUGCAGCCUUCACCUCACAGUGUUCAUGGAAUAUAUUGCAGCCCAGCAGAUGGAAAUCCUAUAUUACUGACUGCAGGAUCAGAUAUGAAGAUAAGAUUCUGGGAUUUAGCAUAUCCUGAGAGGUCUUACAUUGUUGCUGGAAGUUCUGGUUCCCCAUCUGUAUCUUAUUAUAGAAAGAUCAUUGAAGGCACUGAAGUAGUUCAGGAAAUUCAAAACAAGCAGAAAGUGGGUCCUUCCGAUGAAACCCCCCGAAGGGGCCCGGAAUCCUUGCCAGUUGGACAUCAUGACAUUAUCACAGACAUAGCUACUUUCCAGACAACUCAAGGUUUUAUAGUUACUGCAUCUCGUGAUGGUAUUGUCAAGGUGUGGAAGUAAAAAAUUGCACUGAUUUAUAUGUGCUGUAAAUACUUGUAAUAAAGAUAAAUAUUAUGGGACUCGGUUUCUUCAAAGAAUUUCUUCCAGAACAUAAAGACAAUUGACUAUAAGGUUUAUGAAGGCGACUAUUCACUCUCCUAGCACCAUUGCUAAUUACUAAUACUAGUGGCCCUGCAAUUGUGCCUAAAGCAUAAUGGUUUGUGUAGCAUUUCCUGAAACUACCAAUCAAAAGCAGUUCACGUGAAUAUAUUGUAUUUAUCCUCUAACCCUGAUAUUCUCUGGAACACAUUAAAAUUGGUUAGACAUGAAGAAAAUGGUUUUAUUCCAUGUCAACAGUAUUUAUGCAAAUUGAGUUUUUUACACAUUGCGUGAGAGAGCGGUGAAACAAAAUUGAAUAUAUGUAAACAAAAGUGCACCAAACUCCUGUAUGCUUAAUAUAAAAAUAAAAAGAGUUUGAACCA